CAAAGUUCUUUGAUUCGUACAGUUUCAUAUGACACUAUCUAACUAUAAAGGGAAACAAAAUGUUUUUACAUACCGGACAUUUGGCCACACCCAGAAACGGAACAAAAACCAUCGUGUGAGCUGUGUGAAGAAUUUUAAAGAGUUCAUUGUUUACCUUAUCGAUUACAUUAAUUACCCAUAAAGUAUCAUCUGCAAGUUUAAAGCGUCAUUUACCUCGCAGCGUCGCCGGGAGUAAAGCUUUGCGAAAGUGAAGAAUCCUUGAAAAGUCUUGCAUACAGAGACGAAGAUGACUGCCAAAGUUUCCUUCUUCGUUAUUGCCGUUCUAUUUGUGAUGCAAAUUGAAGCUAAUCCUCUGUACGACCGCGAUAUUUUUCGGAGACUGCGCAUGCGUAAGUACAACAAAUAUAAUGUCGUGCAAUAAGGAGAGAAUUUUUCCCUUUCAACCAAACCGACGUACGUUUUGAACAAGAUGUGAAUAUUGUCAGGGCGUACGUAAAGUGCGCGGAGCUAACAAUUGUUAUAAAUCAUAUGCGAUACAUUCUUCCUGCAUAUGUUAGAUGUACCUUCAUGAGAUGGAUGCGCUACAGUUUCUCACAAAUUGUCUCAAGGGGUAGCAAAAUGAAGGCGAAAGGACGGACCUUUCUUUAAACAUAGUCAGAGUUUGAAGAGUUCAAUAGGAGAACUUUACCCACCUACCCCUCCACCCAGUCCCCUCCUCCCCUCUGUCCGCUGCGUGUUCUGCAAAUACAUUGUCUGCAAUAUGAUAACACUCAAACGCAGAAGUUAAAUUUUCACAAGGACCCAGCGGUUCGGAUGGUUAAAGGUUUUUUUUAAAAAUUAAUGACUCUGAAAUCCCGGCUGUCGAUCAAUCGAUUAAGCCAAACGCGAAUGACAAUAACCGCGACAUGCGAGGGAGAAGUCACACGCGCUAAUGUGUAUCUGCUUUCUCGCGCGCGUUUACUUUCGUUCGCGCCAAGCGUCUGCUCCGCAAACAACCAUACUUCUUGCAUAGCAUCAACAUCUGUAUAUCUUUACCGCUGUAUUCUUUGCACGAGAUACGUAUUUUUUUUAAUUAGAAUUUUUCUUUUGCCCUGCUUCAUAUAAUUAUUGUUAUUAUUAUCAUUACCAUUGCUAAAAUAUUUCUAAUUAAUUCUUACAAACAGAGUCAAUGAUGGACGAACACCCGGAUGCAUACGCACGUCGACGGCUAGGUAAAGAAAAACGAAAGAAAGAAGGAGUGGGUCAUUAAAAUCAAAGGAGAGAGGCGAGCGGAAAGGGAAGAGAAUUUAGAGCUUUUUUGCGCGUCCUCACAUACGCGCGUUUGACUUGCUAUUUUGCAGAUAUUCGAGACACUUUUGUUGCUGUUGUUAGUUUGUUCGCUUUUGUCUUUGAAAUUCAAAUAUUUCUACAAGUUCUCCUUUCCUUACAAAUAGAGCCAAUGAUGGACGAGACUCCAGAUGAGUACAUUGCUCGACGUGAAGGUAAAGAUGUUGUUCCGUAUCUUUCUCAUACCUGCAUGCAUGUCAACGUAUGCAAUAUCGAGUAGCGGGACCUAACCUUUUCCGAAAGGGAUAGCCUUUCAAAGCGAGGCACAGAAUGCUAAGAGGAACAAUUGAUAUGGUUUACAACAUAAGAACACGCGAUUCAGUCGACGACCACCAAUAUUGAUAAAAGGGCAGAAGCAAGAGUGAUCUUGUGAGUUGCAGGCAACCAUCAUUGAUCAAAAUCCGAACAUCUAAUCAAAUGGGAACGGUUCGGUCUAACAAAUUUUUUACGGUGACAAAUUUCUCCAGGCAAAACUGACUCAAUAAAAAAACGACGCAGAACAUGUAGCAACCAUUAGAAAUAGUUGUCCAAAAACAAAAGCAAGUUACGUGAAUAACAUGUCGAACCGCGCUCCAAACCAAGCUAAAUCAUGCCACAAACCUGACCCAAAAACUCUCCUCUCGUGAUGAGACCAGUAUGCAGCAUAAUAAAUUUAUUAUUGUUAUCGAUAUUUUACACAAAAGAAAAAAAAGCAAAGUAAACAAAAACAAGCAUUCUACUACUCAAUACACAUUUUUUUUUUCAUUUUUCAGAGCUCAUAUACGGCAGGGGACUCUGUGAGAAUGAAAACAAGGCGUACUGCGAACAAUGGAAAGCGUAUUGUGACCAACCCGCUUUUUUUAUAAAUGAAAAUCGCUAUAAAAUGUUUGUCAACAAGAUGUGCACAGCGGCUUGUAACAGAUGCAAAUAGGUAUGAAUUAACUCUAGGGGAUGACUCUGAGCUCCUGAAAAACAUCCCCCUUCGAAAAUUUUCUCAAAGAUGAGUCUAGAAGUGGUCAUUGCUAUCGAUGAUUUAAAACAACAAAAGAUUAAAUAAACCAUAGACUUAAAUGCUGCAUAAUAACCAUAGACUAUAAUGCUGCGUAAUUUAAGCUAUUUGGGUCAUCACUGGGUAUUUAAUUGAUACCUGGUUUUUUUCAUAACACUAUGAUGUAAUUAGGCUCAGUCCUCUGGCGUGUGUGUUUCGGUGCGCCCGCGAGAGAGGAUUGCCGGUUCACCGAAACAACACAGCGGUCAAACGAAAGGCAUGCGCAAGUGAAUCAAUUUUAGUCAGGUACGCGCCAGUUUCCCCCAUAAAAUUUCAAAGGAAAACAUGAAAACAACCGCUGUAACGCCAAAUAUGCGAAAAAGAGAAAUUAAACGUUCAGUUAAAAUUGUAAGCGGAGAGGCGUUAAGGAAAAAUUAAUAGAACAGUCGAAACUUUUCACACACAUCACUUUUAAAGGUACAGGUUUCCUCAUUAGUUAUAAUUUACUUCACAACAAUUAAAAAAUCAACUUAAGCUUCCUCGCUCAUAUGGUUGUUCAUAAGAUAACUCGGUCCGUAGCCUGACCUCUACAACAUCUGCACAUGCGCAGAUGUUUGACAGCUGUUUCCACCGAAACACCCUCGGCUGAGUACUGCACCCCGCGACGAGUGUUGAUCC